AUGGGCUGCAGCAGCAGCAGCAGCAGCAACGCCCAGAGCAGCAGCAGCUGCUGCCCUGCAGGUACAUCAUCAUCAGCAGCAGCAGCAGCAACAGCAGCAGCAGCAGCAGCAGCAGCAGAAGCAGCAGAAGCAACAUCAGAAGGGUCCUCUCGGGGUGCAGCAGCUGCUGCUCCAGCAUCAGCAGCAGCAGCAGCAGCAGCAGCAGCACGAGCCGAAGCAGCAGCAGCAGCAGCAGCAGCAGCAGCAGCAGCAGGGGAUUCAGAGUUUGAAUCUCUAUGGGGAGACUAUGAAACAGCCAGCUGGGGGUUUGACGCGGACUCGCUGCUCUCAGAUUUCGCCGGAGAAGCAGAGAUAGAUGCAGCAGCAGCUCAGGGGCUAAACCACCAUCUCUCUGACUUUAUAGAGGCUGGAGAGGGCUGCUGGCUGCCGAUGGCAGCAGAAAUGCUCAAAACACUCAACGUCAGAGACUGGCGCCUCUACUUUGCUCUCAGGGUAAACAAAAUUAGGGUUUAG